UUGUCUUUGUCUUUAGCGAGGCAGAAUGUGAGGGUCAAAGAACAUUUUUUGUUGACAAGGAAGAAGGAUAAAACUUUAUUGCGCAACUCUAUUUUGGAUUAGAAACCUUUUGUGGAUGAAAUACUGGUAUUUUUUCCUCUGUUUCUGCAGUUUAUCCUCUUCUCCAACCUACUGAAGCGGCUAAAGUCCCCAAACUUUUCAAGGUUUGAGGAAGUGACGGACAGCGCGAGUCAGAGCGUGAGGGCCACGCAGCACGCAGCCAUGGUGUUGAUCCUGGGCAGACGGCUCAACCGGGAGGAGUCAGGCGUCCGCGACUCCCCCGCGGUCAAGCGCAAGGUCUUUGAGGUGGACCCCAAGACGCUGGCGGGCCACGACGUCUUCGACUUCUCCUCGGGCUCCACGCACGCCGAGGGCAUCCUGCAGGCGUUCAACGAGUUCCGUGACAGCCGCCUCUUCACCGACGUCAUCAUUAGCGUCCAGGGCCGGCAGUUCCCCUGCCACCGCGCCGUGCUGUCAGCCUGCAGCAGCUACUUCCGCGCCAUGUUCUGCAACGACCACCGCGAGAGCCGCGAGAUGCUGGUGGAGAUCAACGGCAUCCUGGCCGAAGCCAUGGACAGCUUCCUGCAGUACGUCUACACGGGCCGGGCCAAGAUCACCACCGACAACGUGCAGUUCCUCUUCGAGACCUCCAGCCUCUUCCAGAUCGGCACGCUCCGUGACGCCUGCGCCAAGUUCCUGGAGGACCAGCUGGACCCGUGCAACUGCCUGGGCAUGCAGCGCUUCGCAGACACGCACUCACUCAAGCAGCUGGCCAGCCGCUGCCGCGCCUACGCCAUGCAGAACUUCCCCGACGUGGCCCAGCACGAGGAGUUCCUGGACCUGCGGCGCGACGAGCUGGAGGAGUACAUCGCCAGCGACGAGCUGACCGUCGGCAAGGAGGAGGUGGUCUUCGAGGCGGUGAUGCGCUGGGUCUACCACGACGUGGAGGGCCGGCGGCCCAUGCUCAGGGAGCUGCUGCACCACGUCCGCCUGCCCCUGCUACACCCCAACUACUUCGUGCAGACGGUGGAGGGCGACCAGCUGAUCCAGAACGCCCCCGAGUGCUACCAGCUGCUCCAUGAGGCCCGCCGCUACCACGUGCUCGGCAACGAGAUGAUGUCGCCCAGGACCCGGCCUCGCAGGUCCACGGGCUUCUCUGAGGUCAUCGUGGUGGUUGGCGGGUGCGAGAGGGUGGGCGGCUUCAACCUGCCCUACACAGAGUGCUACGACCCCGUGACCGGCGAGUGGAAGUCGCUGGCCAAGCUGCCGGAGUUCACCAAGUCAGAGUACGCCGUCUGCGCCCUCAGGAACGACAUCCUGGUCUCUGGGGGCCGGAUCAACAGCCGGGAUGUGUGGAUGUACAACUCCCAGCUCAACCUGUGGAUCCGUGUGGCCUCCCUGAACAAGGGCCGCUGGCGUCACAAGAUGGCCGUCCUCCUGGGAAAGGUGUACGCUGUGGGUGGCUAUGACGGGCAGAGCCGGCUGAGCAGCGUGGAGUGCUACGACUCCUUCUCCAACCGCUGGACGGAGGUGGCCCCCAUGAAGGAGGCCGUCAGCUCCCCCGCCGUCGCCAGCUGCGCCGGCAAGCUCUUCGUCAUCGGCGGCGGCCCGGACGACAACACCUGCUCCGACAAGGUCCAAUGCUAUGACCCCGAGUCGGACACCUGGUUGCUAAGGGCCAACAUACCCAUCGCCAAGCGCUGCAUCACCGCCGUUUCCCUCAACAACCUCAUCUACGUGUCCGGAGGCCUGACCAAGUCCAUCUUCUGCUACGACCCCGCCGAGGAUUACUGGAUGCACGUGGUGCACACCUUCAGCAAGCAGGAGAGCUGCGGCAUGUCUGUCUGCAAUGGGAAGAUCUUCAUUUUAGGGGGGCGGGGGGAGAACGGGGAGGCUUCGGACACCAUCCUGUGCUACGACCCCGCCACCGGCAUCAUCACGGGCGUGGCCGCCAUGCCCCGCCCCAUCUCCUACCACGGCUGCGUCACCAUCCACCGCUACAACGACAAGUUCCACCGGUCCUGACCGGGGCCACGCUGAGGGAGGGGGCCCCUGAGGGCCACAUCCAGACGCCCCUGGGAGGAGAUAAGCUGAGCCACUUGUAGCAUUGUUCUGUGUCUCAGGGUGUCCUCAGAUCACAUGACAUGGAACGCAUUUAAGGUUUUUACUCGGUAGCCCCAUGCAACCAGAACCCGGCCUGCUCAUUCCCAAAAUCAGUGAGGUCAAAAAUAAAAAAAUCCAAAAUAUAAUCAAUGACUUGAUUUUAUGUUUAUAUAUUACAAAAUACAUCAGUGACACUGUAUAAUUCUUAAUUGUGUUCUAAAAGGUAUGAAUUAAAAUGCAUGGCAGUUUGGAUUUCAUACACUACAAUAUAUCACAAUCCAUUCAUGGAUUAGCAUACAGCUAUAGGGAGCCCUCUAAUAGUCUGUAUAAAGCUUCUUUAGUUUAAAGAAUAUAAAAAAUAUAAAGUUUCUUCCCAAGCCACUGGUUGUCGUUUUGUUUAAAUUCAUCAAAACAUCUCAGUCAAAGUUGUAAUCAGCUUCAGAACUGGUAGACUUCAGCAUAAAAUUAGUGGUAAGUUUGUUUAGUGAAAAAUUCUGUGUCAUUGCUAGUAUGUGCAAAGCAAACAAGUGGAGUUUUAUUAAUAGACCCUGAAAUGUUUACACAGAAUAACCGUCAAAUUUUUCUCAAGCACAGACCUCACUUUAAAGUCACCGAACCCAGCAAAUGACAUUGUUCUUCCUCAGCUCUUGAAAUAACCAAUGAAAAUAACUUCUUAUUAACGCAUGUAAAACUGGAAAUUAUUCUUCUGGAAAUGUAUUGUGACCGAAUAUGCGUAAGCGAAAUAAACGUGAAAAGACACUACAGCAGUCCCUUUGUAGCCGGCACAUUGAGAAGCGAAGAAUUCCCGCCCGGCGUUGAGAGAUUUACCGUACUCAAUGAGGUUUGAUGCAGCGGUUCUGUGGAAAGAGGUGCGAUCUCCUCUCUCAGCGGCACCUGUGGAAUUACCUAGAACUAGUAUGGCGCAGGACAGAGGUGUGUGGGAGAGAUCCGUGUUCCGCUGGUCUCCCUGUACCUGCCUUGCCUGGUCAUGCCCAUGUCAUGUGAUCUGAGAGGUGAGACACAUGCCUCCACCUCCCCCAAGCCCUGUUUCCCUCCCUGCAAUGUGGCUGCUCCUUUCAUCACUGACUUUAUCAUUUAUUGUUACCCUUUAUUUUGUUAAAUACAUACUACUAUUUUUACUGUAUUUUAAAUGAUAUUAUGCGAGUUUUUUUUUUUUUUUAAGUGUUGGUGUCAAUGCCUUGUUUGGCCUUUCAAGAGAGAGUGGGAUGGGGAGAGAGAGUGAGAGAUUAUACAGCAGGCCUACAAUGUAAUUUUUGAGUCAUGUCUUUUUUUUACAGUGUGUAGCGAAUCAGGUGAGAUGUUGUGUGGUCACAUGUGUCCCCAGUGUAGACAAGGGGAUAGGGGGAGGGUAAAUUACAGACACACGAAAACUUAAUCGGAGCAAAUGCAGUACCUAUAUGUAACACAGAGAUGCUUCUGCCAUUGAAAGAUAUUAAGCAGAAUCAUUUCACGCUAAAGUGGCUUAGCCGCAUUGCCUCGGUACAGCUCAGUAACGACUGCAUUAAAAAACACUCUUGCUGAAUCUGUUGCUUUAUGGGUGUUGUAGUUUUGAAUGAUGACCCACGAUGACUUAAAGUCUGUCAUUUUAUAAUUAAAACAAUACUUGCUCCACACGUCAGCACAGUUUUUUCCCCCAUCCGUUCAGGUAACGCUGCUCCAGGUAACCAAGGCAACCUCCUCUCGUGCUGGGUGAGAACUCAGCGCGGUCAUGACAACCGUGCCGAGCGUCGCACGACCGUGGCUUGACUGUUUACACGGUGGGGUUUAGCGAGAGCUCUGGGUGAUGUUUUUCCUCCUGACCCCGGUCAGUAACAUAUGGCCCGUUCUUACCUGCUUUCGAUGCAGAUCCCGAGGCUGUGAAUGGGUGUGCUUUUUUUAAAAAUAUUCCCCUCCCUUGAUUUUUAGAUGAGAGUUAUUUAAGAAUAGCUUUGUCUCUGAGAGUGCGUCUCUUUUCUUUCCGUUUUGUAACUGACGACGACAGAACCCCUACAUGCACUUCUGUUGCUCCGUUUUUAUUUUAUUAUAAUAACAAUGUAAAUAUGUUUUUUUAAUUCAGUUUCUUUUUUUUUUACUGUAUCAGUAAAUGUUCAGUAAACGGCUUUUGUGUGACAGGAUGACUGGAGCCUGUCAGCACCUCCUACUGGCUGCCGUAUCACAUAGCUUGGAGUAGAGAGACUAAACGUGGAAGAGAGAGGUAGAAAAGGGCACCCCCUGCUGGUCAAGGGCAGCCGUCCACCCAGCUGAAUGACCACUGAGGCAGGGUCAGAGGUGAAGCGAGAUCCGUAGUGGUGCAUGAGGGAGGCAUCAUUAGCCCAGAGGGGUGGAAGGAUCUUCCUCUUUUCUCGUGCCCAAAAAUCAGGAAUCUGGAUAGUUCAGCAU